AUGGCGAGUUUCUUUACUGACUUGGCGAAGCCAUUUGUGGAGAAAUUGAUAAAUGGAGCGAUUGCAGAAACAAGUUAUAUUUGUUGCUUCACUUGCAUUGUUAAUGAUUUCGAAGAAGAAAAAUCUAGAUUGGAAAUAGAAGGGGCAACUUUCAAGCGACGCAUUGAAGAGGCCACAAGAAGAGGGGAAGAUAUUUUACCUGAUGCUCGUGCUUGGAAAGAUGAAGUUAAUCAGCUCAUUCAAGAAGAUACCAAAAUAAACCAAAAGUGUUUUUUUGAAUUUUGUCCUCAUUGCUUAUGGAGAUAUAGUAGAGGAAAAUUGCUGGCAAAUAAGAAGGAGCGAAUUAAAAUAUUGACGAAAACAGGAAAGGAACUUACAAUUGGACUCCCUGCUCAUCUUCCCGAUAUUGAACGAUGUACGACCCAACACUAUGUGCAUCUUAAAAGCAGAGAAUCUCAAUACAGAAAGCUUUUGGUUGAACUCAAAGAUGACACCAAUUAUAUAAUUGGUUUGCAUGGAAUGGGGGGCACAGGAAAAACUACGUUGAUUAAGAAAGUGGGUAAGGAACUUAAGCAAUCAACACAAUUUAAUCAGGUCAUUGAUACCACAGUGUCAUUUUCUCCUAAUAUUAAAAAGAUUCAAGAUGAUAUUGCCGGGCCUUUGGGAUUGAAAUUUGAUGACUGUAAUGAUACAGAACGGCGCGGAAAACUAUGGAACAGAUUAACCAAUGGUGAGAAGAUUCUUCUAAUAUUGGAUGAUGUGUGGGGCUAUGUCGAUUUUAAUGAAAUUGGAAUUCCAUGUAGUGACAAUCACAAAGGUUGUAGGAUUAUAGUAACCACUCGCAAUCGUUCCGUGUGCGAAAAAUUAGGGUGCAAUAAGACAAUCCAACUAGAUCUCUUAUCUAAGGAAGAUGCGUGGAACAUGUUCAAAAAGUAUGCUGAUCUAAGUGAAACCUCAAUGAAAUUUUUUCUUGACAAGGGCCGUAAAAUUGCAAAUGAAUGCAAAAACCUACCCAUUGCAAUUGCUGUUAUCGCUAGUAGUUUGAAGGGCAAACAACGUCAAGAAGAAUGGGACAUGGCCUUAAAAUUCUUGAAAAAAGACAUCUCCAGGCACAACGACGAUGAUGACGUUCUUGAAAUUUAUAAUUGCUUGAAGUUUAGCUAUGAUAAGUUGAAUAAAGAGGCCAAGAGUCUAUUCCUUUUAUGUUCUGUAUUUCGAGAAGAUGAAGAUAUCCAUACUGAAACUUUAGCUAGACUUGCCAUCGGAGGAGGCCUUUUUGGGGAAGAUUAUGGCAGCUACGACGAAGCCCGAAGUCGAGUAGUUAUAUCCAAAAACAAACUUCUAGAUUCUUGUUUAUUGUUGGAGGCCGGUCAAUGGAGCGUGAAAAUGCACGACUUCGCUCGUGAUGCAGCCCAGUGGAUAGCGAACAAAGAGAUUCAAACAAUAAAUUUGUAUGACAAAAAUCAAAAGGCAAUGAUUGAAAAAGAGAAAAAUAUUAAAUAUUUGUUAUGCCAAGGCAAACCAAAUGAGAUGUUUUCUUGUAAGUUUGAUGGUUCCAAGCUUGAGAUUCUAAUAGUCAUCAUUUAUAUGGCUUCCGACUUCCAUGAUGGAAAAAUUGAAGUCCCUGAUUCAUUUUUUGAAAAUAAUACCAGCCUUCGAGUUUUUCAUUUACGUGGUGAUCCUCAUUUAAGGAUGAGUAUAUCAUUACCUCAAUCAAUGCAACAAUUGAAGAAUCUCCGAUCUCUUAUAUUUACAGAUUGUCGGUUGGGUGACAUCUCUAUUUUUGGAAAUCUGCAAUGUCUUGAGGAACUUGAUUUGGAAUAUUGUGAAAUUAAAGAAAUGCCUAAUGAAAUUGCAGAACUAAAGAAAUUUAGAUUGUUGAGAUUGGAAUGGUGUAUAAUUGAUGGGAAUAAUCCAUUUGAAGUGAUAAAAAGAUGCUCCUCACUUCAAGAGCUGUACUUCAUGAUUUCUAUUUUUGGUUUUACAGGAGAAAUAAAUUUCCCUAAAUUACAGAAGUUUCAUGUAAGUAACAGUAAAAUUGAUUAUUCACUAUCAAAGUAUGUGUCUAUUGAAUGGACAGAUGAGGUUUUCCUAUCUGAAACAACACUUAAGUAUUGUAUGCAAGAAGCAGAGGUUCUUAGACUAAAAAGACUUGAGGGGGAAUGGAGAAAUAUCAUACCUGAUAUUGUUCAUAUGGAUCAAGGUAUGAAUGAUCUAGUUGAGCUUUACUUAAGGGACAUUUCACAACUAAAGUGCCUCAUUGACACUUCUAAGCAUACUUAUUCUCAACUUUCAAAUGUCUUCUCUAAAUUGGUUGUACUACGUUUGAAGCAUAUGGAAAAUUUGAAAGAAUUGUGCAAUGGUUCUCUUUCCAUCGACUCUUUCAAAAGUUUAGAGAGUCUAUCUAUAGAAAAUUGCAAACAGUUGCGAAGCUUAUCAGGGAUUGCAAACCAAUGCAGUCUAAAGAGCGUGUUUAUGAUGAGAUGUCCGAUGUUGAUCUCCCUAUUUGAAGUGUCAACUUCUGGUAGCCUAGUGUUGUUGGAGAAUUUGGAAGUAAUUGAUUGUGAGAAUCUUGAAUACUUAAUAAAAGAUGAAAGAAUAGGGGAGGGAUCCAGAAGAGAAAUAUCUGAUAAUAACUGUCACGAUCCAAUGUUUGUGAAAAUGAAAGAUCUUACAAUUAAGGAUUGUCCAAAGCUUGAAAUAAUACUUCCGCUUGUCUCUGCUCAUGAUCUUCCAGCACUAAAAUUCAUCGGGUUAAGAGAUGUGAUAAGUUGA